GAUGCGCCGGUUCUUCCGCCACCCGCCGGCUUUGCCAGGCGAAGUGCUUUUCUUCCGGCGCCUGAAAGCCGAUUUGAAUACUGAACUGAUUCCCGUCUCUUGCACUUGCUGCGGAAUUGGAUUCAAUGGGUUCGGCGCAGGACAAACAAGAAAUCAGAUCAAAGUGGGAAAUUUUACUGAACAGUGAAAGGACAGACGUCAGAUGGAAAAUAAUGGACGAGGGUGAGAUUCUCCUGAGUCAAACACUAGAAAAGCUGCAAAGAAGGAGACGGAAUGGCGAUGAUGUACAGUGGACCAAGUGUCUGCUAAAUGAAUCUUCCGUCCUGAAAGAAGAAUACACUUCCCUUCGGACAAAACUGAAUCCAGAGACGCCUGAAGGAGAGUCUGCGGACCUGGAGACUGAACUGGCGGAACUGUGCAUGGAACGGUGUAAGCUACUGGAAAUCUGCUGCGACCGCUUGAAACAUUACGAGACUCCUAUCAUACCGAUUUUAAAGUCAAAGUACACCUACAUAAAAUCACGAGCUCUGGCAGAUAAGUCUUCAGCAAUAUGUGCAAAACAACUAUCCAAGAUGGCCAUUGGUCAGUCUUAUAAUUCAUCGCAAGGGGGGCACCCGCUGGUCUCCUCUGACCCGCACAAAUAUGAAAUGAGUGGAAAACGCCUGGCUCUCAUGCUGUGCGUCCUUAACAGGAGGGAAGGAGCCUUGAAUGACAUUCGAAUAAUGAGGAGCCUGUUCCAGUCGUAUGGGUUUGAUUAUACCAUUGAGAUCAACCCUACAGCCAAGGAAAUCGAGGAGGCUGUCCAGCGGUUCAGAGACAGGAUCAGCAGCUCCCUGGAAGACAUCAGCUGCUGCUUUGUUGUCACGGCCAGUCAUGGAAAUCUUGGCAUCAUUGUGGGCAGCGAUGAAGAGAAAGUGAAACUGAAUGGCAUAAUCAAGCUCUUUGACAAUGACAAGUGCCCUAAGCUUCGGAAGAAACCUAAAGUCUUCAUCGUUCAAGCCUGCAGAGGAGAUGUGACAGAUUUGGGAGUCCAACUUAAGGACGAACCACAUUCUGGAGGAGCAGUGGAACUGCCCGAUUCAUUCACACCAGCAGCCAUCAAUGAUAUGUUCACUGUGUUCGCCACCCAGCCAGGUUAUGUUGCCUUAAGAAGCAGAGAACACGGAUCACAUCUGUUCACCUUUCUGGAAGAAGUAUUUCGGAAACAUGCUGACAGAGAUCAUCUUUAUGACUUGUUUGUGAAGGUGAAUGAACGGAUGGUCCAGCAAGACUUCCACGUCUUGAAAGACAGAGGCAGUAAAGGGAAAGAAUAUGAAAUAGCAAAGGUGACGAUAGCAAUGGAGUCGACCCUCAAAAAACUGCUUUACUUGAAACGCCAAAGAGCAACACAUGCACGGACUUCAAACCACAGCCAAGUCUGAGUUCUACCAUCUCAAGCUCAUGGGAUAUAAUUCGGCAGAGGAAGUGACAGCGCUGGCCGGAGAUCAGCGCCCCCCCGCCCCCCUCCACUCAUGAGGUAUGGGGAGAGAGCUGCAGUAGCGCUGCAGGGGCAGAGGGGGGCGCCAGAAGCGUUGUCACGGAGCUUCUCCUGCACGGGGAAGCCGAGGUGCUCAGGGUUCGAAUUUGACCUCCCCCUGACCUUCUGUUCAGCAAUACCAUGUUAGUGCCUUUCUUUAUUCUUCGUGCGUAGUGACGAAUCCAUAAAGUCAGCUUUUAUGAUAGACAGAUAAGACUUUAUUGACCCCAAAGGGAAAUUUCUGGCUAUGCUUUAAAGACUUGAAUCCCUCAGGAACUGCUGGUGCCUGUUGAAAAACAUGUUCGAUUCCGAGUUCAUGAGGAAGAACCAUAUCCAAAGAGCUGGAUGCACUGAAGGAGCUUUUAUUGAGCAUGUAGGUGAGAUCCAGCUGCACUGGGAGAGAGGGGAGAGGGGCAGCAGGAGGGGGGGGGGCUCGUUGUCAUCCCUCGGGAACCCCAGUAAAGAGCUUCCCUUGAGGAGGGAUACUCUGAAAGAGCAGAACCCUUGCCUCCUCUCGGGACGCUGACAGAGGGAAUGCACCCCAAGGGCAGGACAGUCUCUAUUACUGGGUUGCGACAACAUGGAGAGAUGGAGUUACGUUCCUGCCGUCACCGCUUCCCCGGGACACGGAGGCAGGAUCACAUGAGUGAUCGCAUCCGUCCCGGGGGUCUCGGAACGCCCCGCACAGCCGCGGGAACGGCGCUCUGACAGCAGUGCGAGUCCAGGACCGUCCCGUGAAGAGGCUCAGCCCGCAGCCAGAAAGACAGAUCCGGAAAGCCCUGACCUGGGAGCCUUCCUCUCCCAGGAGCGCCGAAGCCAGUCCGGACCCAGAACUCCGGCGGGGUCUCCGGCCGCUGUUCCCCACAGCUUGAGCCCUGUCCGCCUCGGUUCCUCUUCCUCCGCCGUCUCCGGCGCCCCUCCGCCUCGUCGUUCACCGCUGGAAAUCUCCAGGAACGCAGUUGGGUCUCCGCCAGCUCCCACUAGCUGCGGUGUCACUGCAGCAGAGCCGAGAAAAAACCUGUAAAAAACAAGUUCUUUUAUAAAAAGUGACUUUCGUUUUGACGCAUUAAAUCUUGACGACACACACUCUGCUCGAGUGCUGCUAAUCCUUCCUGUGGCUUCUUGGAGCUUUUAGGUGCUGUGAAACCACUUCCAAAAAAAGAUUCUCUGACAUUUCUUUGAUUCUUGGGGCAUAGGCUGUAGGAUAUGAAUUUAUGUCUUUUCCACAGCUGAUCUCUUCUGGUGCACCUGUUUUAAUUCAGUUCACCUGUGUAGGUAGAAAGGCAGGUUCAGAGUUUCUGAACAAAGGGUGAGGACAGCGGAAAGCCUGUGUAGAUACGAAUCAGGGUAACAAGCACUUCUUUGCAACGUCUGAUCCUCUGCCCCUUCAAAGUGGUUGUAGCUGAUACGUAUCUUACCCCACAAUCAAUGAGAGGGUUCAGACAAACUCGAUCCCGUGAUCCCUCCAUCAAACGGCAAAUCUGUUUUUUAAAAUACUCUGAUAAACAAAUACUAUAUCCCCAAAAAGGUUAUUGGAAGAAAAAUAAUUUAUCUUCAUUUAAUCUGAAUGAGGUAAUUGAACUGUGAGUACUGUAUGUAUUUUAGGAACCAUUUUACAAAGAUUGAUUCCGUUAACGUUGGUGGACCUUAAUUGAGUAACUUUGUCAUGGUUUCAUUUUAGCAGUGUAUCAUGUCUCAUACUAUAAGUUUUCGAUCUUUUUUUUUCCUGUUUUCUUCAGUUUAUCUGGAAAAUAAAUCUAUGUUUGA